GCGAUCUUACGAGCGCCCGCGUCUCCCGAUGUUGUCAAUGUACGGCGCAAGCUUCAGCCUCAGGCUCUAGCUCAUGAGUUCCAACUCUCGCAAUACUCUCAUUCCCUGGACAUGACUGCGGCUGGCUACAUGGACUCAAACACUGGGGACACUGUACUGUGGGCUGUCAAUGUUUCACAGGAUCUAUACUUCGUGCAUCGCAAUCCGGCGACUCGGACUCGGACUCUUCAUACUGCUUACCAGAACACAUACACGUACAGCCUUCUCAACAGCUUUCCUUUGCACAAGUGGUUCCUGUCUCUGUGUGUUACAACAGGCACUCGGGAAACCACUGCAUUCGAUGACCGGUGCAUGCGCAGCCCAGUAUCCGCGGAGGUCUUCUUGUACUGGAUACUCGCGAUUGCGUUCGGAGAUACAACAUCAGCUCUGUGGUAUGGCUAUAUUAUGGCUGGGUUCAGAGCCUCAGGGUCUUGUCCGUGUGCCCUUGAAUUGUGACUAUCCCCGCGGAUUGUCCCAGACCAUGGUAACUGUCUCGCCGGCCCGUAUGUGCAGACUUCUCACUGCCGGCUCACGGGUGGCAUAAUUCCUGCGUAGUCCGCACGCUGAAAUAAUCGGAUAUGUGAAGCACAGCAGGCAGUAUUUCAAUGCACGUAGGACGUGGUCGAACAUUACCGACACAGUGCGACAUCAUAGAUGUUCCACCGUCACAUACAGCAUUAGUACUCCAUGGAGGGACGGAGCCUA